CUCCAUGAUGUCUGUUUCUACCUCCUGGUCCCAGCAUCCUUGUGUCCUGCUGCUGACCCUCCUGCUGGGACUCGCAGGAGCAGCUGAACCAGAGCUGCAGGUGAUUCAGCCUGAGACGUCAGUGUCUGUCGCUGCUGGAGAGUCGGCCACUCUGCACUGCACUGUGACCACCCUGCACCCCGUGGGGCCCAUCGAGUGGUUUAAGGGGUCAGGACCAGACCGGGAGACAAUCUACAAGUUCAAACAAGGCCACUUCCCCCGAGUCACAGAUCUCUCAGAUACCACACUGAGGGAAAACAGGGACUUUUCCAUCCGCAUCAGGAACGUCACCCCAGCAGAUGCCGGCACCUACUACUGUGUGAAGUACCAGAAAACCAGCAAUGAAAACAAGGAGGUUCAGUCUGGACCAGGCACCGAGCUGUCUGUGCGAGCCAGACCUUCUCCCCCUGAGGUGUCGGGUCCUGCGACCAGGGCCACACCUGGGCAGACAGUGAGCUUCACCUGCGAGUCCCACGGCUUCUCCCCCCGCAGCAUCACCCUGACCUGGUUCAAAAAUGGGAACGAGCUCUCCCACAUCCAGACCAGCGUGGACCCCGCAGGAGAAAGCGUGUCCUACAGGGUGUCCAGCACAGCCCAGGUGACCCUGGCCCCCGGGGACGUCCACUCUCAGGUCAUCUGCGAGGUGGCCCACGUCACCCUGCAGGGGGGGCCUCCUCUUCGUGGGACUGCCAACUUGUCUGACACCAUCCGAGUUCCGCCCACUGUGGAGGUCACCCCACUGACCACAAUGGCAGGGAGCCAGGUGAACGUCACCUGCCAGGUGAAGAAGUUCUACCCCCGGAGCCUACAGCUGACCUGGGUGGAGAAUGGAAACGUGUCCCGGACAGAAAUGGCCUCGACCCUCUCAGAGAACAAGGACGGGACCUACGACCUGACCAGCUGCCUCCUGGUGAACCCGUCUGUGCACAGGGAGGACGUGACCUUCACCUGCCGGGUGGAGCAUGAUGGGCAGCCGGCCACCACCAGAAACUGCACCCUGCAGGUCUCUGCAGGCUCCAAGGAGCAUGGCCUGGACCACGCCCCCUCUGGAACAGUGAAGUCUACACUUGCUUCAUAUCUCAUAGCCCUGUUCCUUGGCCCCAAGAUCCUACUGGCAGUCGGUGUCUCUGCCAUCUACAUCCACAGGAAGCAGAAGUCCUGACUAUCCUUCAGCUCUCCCUGCUACCUGUGACCCUCAGUCUCUGCCACCUUCUUCCUGCUCCAUGGUGCUCAGCCUGAGAGAAGAAGUUGUGGACAAGCCUC